AUGAUGUCCAGAAGAGCUCCGUCAUACGUCACACCAGUGUCAUCGGCCUCCAAACACGUUCGACUUUGCCCAUUUUCCGCGAAGAUGUUGCUGAACUGGUUUAGUAAAGCUGAUGGCACGAAACAGAGCUUGAACGUUGGCUUUCUGACCACGGCGAAUAUCCCAUAUCCUACCCCAGCGGAUAGAAAAGAUCUUGAAGAGCUCGUGAAAAAUAAUUGGGAGUCGCGCGUGCAAAUUCCCAUCCAUCACACGGCAGAACAUGUGGCUGACUAUCUGGGCGAUGCGAAGGAGUGGAUUUUUGAUACCUGGAGUGAUUCCCAAUUGAAAACCUUCCUUGAUAAACAUGGAAUUUCUAGCCCACAACCAAACAAACGUGAUAAACUGUUGGCGGUAGUACGAGAAAACUUCGAAGCCAUUGCUCGAAAACUUGGACAAACCACAUUCUAUCCUGGGAAUUGGCUUUAUGAGCAAUGGUCAGAAUCCGAUCUAAAGGAAUACCUCGACAGCCAUGGGUAUCACUUACCGCAGCCAACAACUCGGGAUAAACUGGUUGCUAGCGUACGGCGUAACGCUCGUCUUGCGGGUAUAAAAUCUCGCCAAGCCGCCGCUUCCGCAUCUUCGUCAGCGGAGGCUGCUCAGAAAUCGUUAUCAGAGGCCUUGUUUAAUGCCUGGUCAGAAUCUGAAUUCAAAGAGUUUUUCGAUAAGCACGGAAUCAAGGUCCCUCAGGGUUCGCGACGCAACGAGCUUAUUGCCCUGGCACGAAAACAUCGGGCUUCUUUGCUACAAAAGCCCACUGCAUCAAUCACACAUGCGUAUGGUGCGGCAACUUCAAAAGCUGGAAACGAAUUUGCUCGUGCGACGGAGGAUGUACGACUCAGAGCGGCAGAUAUGUUCAAUUCUGCCAUUAGUCAAUGGUCUGACUCACGCCUCAGGGCUUAUUUGGAUGCGCGUGGUGUUCAGGUGCCGCAGGGAACGAAACGAGAUGAACUCCUUGCCAAAGUGCGCCUCCACAGGCGCAAAGCAAUGACUGGAUUCUCUGCUUGGACAUUUGAUACCUGGACCAAGGAAAAUUUAGGGAAAUAUAUGUCUUCCCAGCAUCAGAAGAUGAUGGAAAACGUUGAAUAUACCCGCGAUGAACUCCUGAGAAAGGCAAAAUCCGCAUACAACCAAGUUUCUAGUGCCGGUGGAGAAGAUUUCGCUGCCGUCACGAACUAUUUAACGCAGCAAGUUAGCUCAACCAAGGACGCUGCAUUCGACACCUGGUCCCGGGUUGAUCUGGAAAAGUACAUUGAUUCAUACGGUCUUAAAGGAUAUAAGACCUGGGAUAUUGACAAAUUGCGUGCGGAAGCUAGGCGGAAUGCUAAUUUCUUCCGCUACGGAGAACUCGCGCAGGAGGCCACGCUUGUUUCUCGGUUGGAGGGUGGCAUCCAGUGGGUCUUGGACCAGCUGAAAAUCGGGAUGUUGAGUGGCAGGAGGGAGGGGGAAAGAGUAGCUGAUAAUAUCAAGGAAACAGUUUCACAUGGUACACAACGUAUGGCCGACGAACUCUAA